CGUUCCGAGCUGUUUGAUAAACAAUGAUAAGGCAGCAGUCGCCCCACACAUCUCAUAUAGCAUGCACGCCACACUCAAAUUCCAACUGGUGCUCUUUCCGUUUCAGUUUCACCGGGUUCUGGACCACCCGCCGGACUCCCGCCGCGGAGGAGGAGGAGGAGGUCGCCUCCUCGUGGUUCUUCAGCGGCGCCGACACGGUUAAAAUUGUGCCGCCGAAGAGGGCGGAACGCAGCGAUGCGCCCAGCACCAGCACAGAUCAGCACCGUAGCUUCUUCAGAAGACUAGCGGUGCUCUCGAGUGCUGACCAGUGGCCAGUCGGUUUGCCGGUUGUUCCACAGAUGGCAGACCCGGUGACGGGCGCACCUGGUACCGAGCCGAAACCACCGGCACCAGGUAGUCCCAACGUGGGUAAGAGACAGAGGCGGCAGGGCGUCUACGAACGCGACGCCCUUUACAGUGAGCCGGAGGAAGUGGCGUUGAAGAGUGUGCGACAGUUGCGCGAUGAGUACCUUGCCAUGCUGGUGAAAGCCGGCAAAGAGCCGGAAGAGGCGGACGGUUUCAAGAGGCACCUGGCGCCUCCACAGAGUGACUAUUUCAGUUCCGGUGCCAGCGACGAUGAUUCCUGGCACCGGAAACACAAAGUCACCCGGUGCGGAAGCUCGGACUCCGCCAUGGGUCCCAGCGAUGAAGAGACCAAAGACUGCCCACCCGUUCAGUAUUCCGCUGCCAGCACGCUGGCUCAGUCCAGCGUGCCCAGCAAGAUCAUCAUCGAGGCUCACACGGUGGUGUUUCCGCUGGACCGAAAGUCCAGCAUGGACUAUGCGAGUGAAGAGACUGAUUGCGAGAGCCGGCGACAGAGCUGCUUUACAGACGACGGCGAGGACGUGUCGCGUUAUCGGUGCUGGCGAACUCCUUCGGUAGUGGUUAGUGACUACUCGGAUGACAUAAUGGGGCUGACGCUUGAAGACGUUGAGUAUAUCCGGAGUCGUCGCGACGAUCCGUCCUCCAGUCCCGAAUCGAGUCUGCAUAGCUCUUGCAGCAAUUUGAACUAUUGCGGCUCGACGAUCAGUGGCUUGGAGUCAGACUAUGUGCUCUCCAAACCUUACCGCAAGUCCUCCAACUGUUCCACGUGCUCCACGUUGAGCGGCGAUGAGGACCAAGAUGGCGCUGGGGAGGCGCCACCAUCUGGGGACUCACUGCGACCCACUCAGAAAUGGAGAGAGAGCUCCGGCUGGCGAAAGCUGCGCAACAUUGUUCAAUGGACGCCCUUCUUCCAGACCUACAAAAAACAUCGAUACCCUUGGGUUCAGUUGGCUGGACACCAGGGCAACUUCAAGGCAGGUCCCGACCAGGGCACCAUCCUGAAGAAAUUAUGCGUUAAGGAAGAAAAAUGCUUUCAAGUGCUAAUGAAGGACGUUCUGCGACCUUACGUUCCAGAGUACAAAGGUUUGGUAGCCAGUGACGAUGGCGAAUGUGAGUAUAUCCAGCUGCAGGAUCUUUUGGGCGAUUUUGUAUCGCCAUGUGUCAUGGAUUGUAAAAUUGGCGUUCGCACCUAUUUGGAGGAGGAAUUGGCUAAAGCGAAGGAAAAGCCGAAGUUGAGAAAGGACAUGUACGAAAAAAUGUGCCAGAUUGACGAGAGCGCCCCCACUGACGAGGAGCACAAGCUGAAAGGAGUGACCAAACCCCGAUACAUGGUGUGGAGGGAGACGAUUUCGUCCACGGCUACUCUGGGCUUCAGAAUCGAAGGAAUCCGGAACUCAGACGGAACCAGUAGCAAAGACUUCAAAACUACCAAGUCCAAGGAGCAAAUCAUGGCUGCGUUCCAGAGUUUCACUGAAGGGUUUCCCCAUGUAGUGCCAAAGUACAUUCAAAGACUAAAGGCUAUUAAAGCCACCUUGGGACAGUCGACGUUCUUCGAAACCCAUGAGGUGAUUGGCAGCUCGUUGCUCUUCGUCCACGAUCGCUACAAUGCCAAUGUGUGGUUGAUUGACUUUGCGAAAACCAUCCACCUGCCUGCCGAUGUCACCAUCUCGCACAACUCCAAGUGGAAAGUGGGAAACCACGAAGACGGCUACUUGAUUGGCAUCAACAACCUCAUCAAAAUCUUCAUGGCUGUGCUGGAGAAUCAGCCAAUCUGUGUCUCGCCGCCUCUCAAUUUGGAGGAACCUCCAAUCGCCCCAACACCGAAGGAGAAGCUGGAGAACACCUGACACUCUGACCCUCCAUGUGCUCAUCUAUUGUAAAUAAACUGGAUGCGAAUGAUCGCGAUGAUCAUGAAGCUCAUGACUAGAAUUAAGCUAUUUAUUUUCUAAGCUAAGUUGAAAGCGGUCCUUUUGAGGAGGGCCCGGUUCGGAUGACGAAACAAUCGCCAGCUUGCGAGAGGCUUUAAUUUGCACCUUCCCGUAGGAUAGAAGUAAAUCGGAUUCUUUGUUAAAACAAUUAAACUUAUUGAUUUGCUAA